AUUAAAGUUGUGCAAUCGGACCAUCUGUCUUCAUUCAAUGCGGACGGUGUGGGUGAGUUUCUGUCAGCCAAAAAGCUAGCAGCUGACGAUGACGGCUCAGAUUGCCUGGUCUAGGCAGGCAGUGCUGGGACUCUACAGGAGAUUGUUAAGAGAAGGCACAAAUCUGCGGUACACUGAUCAGCAUUACUACAAGAGGUGCAUUCAGAAAGAAUUCCGUGCUCAUAUAGCAGAGAAGGGCCAACCUGAACAACAGAGGCAGCUGGAUCGAGGGUUCUACUUUCUUCACAAGAAGCUUGGAGGUCUUGUGUGACAGCACUAACUGCAUACUGAUUUCAAUACAGAUACCUAGCUAUCAGGGGAGAAGUGUUACCAAUAGCCUAUCAUCAUGGAUGGUAAAACAGGUGAUUCAUUAAUCAAAAGCAUGUAUUCUGAUGGCACACUUAGGGAACCAAGUGACAUCUUAAAGACUCUGAAAGAAUUUACACUAGGUGCAAGGGAGAGCUCAUUCAGGGAAACCUUGACUCUACACAACGUUCGGUUCUUGACCGAUUACUUUCAGCAGUGUGUAGAGGCUCUAACGAGUCAGCAAGUCUUCAAUGUUGAAUGUUGCACAGAAUGUCUGAGGUGUCUUCGGAAUGCCUGCGCCCAGUGUGUGGAAAACCAGGAGGCAGUGCUGAGGUCAUUAGCAAUCCCAGCUGUACGGCAGCUUCUGAGGUAUCUUGUAGAGACAGUGUCAUUGGAAGAGCAGUAUCUUGUAUUGUUGAGAUGUUGUAUUCAAUUCCUGACUAAUCUAGCCAGCGGUCAUGAGGCUGGUCAGAGGGCAGUAUGGAAGGACAUCAUCCACGACUUGAUCCAUCCUCUUUUGUGUGUUCCUGAUGGAAAGCUAAACCAGUACUCCUGCAUGCUUCUGCAAACUGUCCUGCAAUGCUCGGAUAACAUUAUAAGUUUUGCAGAGACUGUAGAUGCUUCGGAAAGCAUGGAGGCUGUAUUGGCCGCCUGUUCAGAGGAAAGUGAACAUGACUUCUGUCUCCAGCUUGUGAAGUUAAUGCUACAGUCCUCUGUCAUCACCUCUUCCUUAUUUGACAAGCUUAGCAUCUCCUCACAGAUUCUCUUACUCCACAUAGCUGGUGCCUGCGUUUCCUCCGAGUCACGACAGCAGCAUCCAGAGGCGGAUAAUGCCAUAUCUGAUUCAACACUAUCGUGCUUUGCCAAGAAGUUCAAAAGCACUGCUCACUGCAUCCUGGCCCUUGCCAUGAAAGAUCGUGAUGAAGAGGACCAGAAUCCUCAACUUGUGAUGUCUCUCUUGGAAGUUCUCUGUGCAGCAUCUGCUGAAACGGACCUUCAGCCAUUCCUACAGGACAUGGACUUUGUCCUGGAAACGAGUCUGGGGCUGCUAGAUAUGGUGGAGCAGGUGGGACGUAGCAGCGACAAUGCCUUCAGCGUCAGACAAGACGGCGCUGGAACUGGAGAUGACGCUUCUUUAGCUGCAGAGCCAGGAUACGGCUUCAAGAGAAACCUGGUGCAGCUCAUUGGGAAUAUGUGCUUCCGCCACAGAGGAAAUCAGGAUAGGGUUCGAGAACUGAAGGGAAUUCCUACCAUACUCCAGCAGUGUAACAUCGACAGCAAGAAUGCAUUCAUCAACCAAUGGGCCAUACUGGCCAUCCGUAAUCUUUGUGAGAACAAUCUUGAGAACCAGGCCUUUCUACUUUCUCUCAAGAGCCAAGGUGUUGCAGACAACGAAGCCUUGGGGAGGUUAGGAUAUGAAGCAGCCUUGAGGGAGGAUGGUCAAAUAUAUUUGAAAAAUUUGAAGAAGUAAACACUGCAGUCUAUCAGGGCAGCAUUUCACAAGCUGACAAACCAUUGAAUAGCAUGUAUUGAAUUUAACACUUUUAGAUAGGAUGUUCAGGCUUUCAUGAAAUGAUGCCUUGUAAUAAAUGUACAGGGGUAUGUUUCUAUGAAUACAGUUCAUUCUCCCACAGGUAACGUCUCAACAGAUCAUUUUCAUUUUGGUUUGUUUAAUAUGAUUGCUCCCUGUGUGUUUAUCUUUCACCCUUACUGCACUGGGCUGUGCAGAGGCUCUCCUGAUGGAUAGAGAAGGAGGUGGGCCAGGCUCAGAGGCCUGUCUGAUCUUUGCCACAUCAUGAACAAUCACAUAAUUCAUGUACAGUAAAGGAAAAUAUAUGCAUGAUAUUCUCUUCUAUUGAUAAUCGAAGAAAAGCUCUUGGAAAUCAUAUUCUUGUGCAAAUGUUCCAUUUAGCACAAACAUACACUGUGCAUGUAUGAAGAAAAACAUUGGGAUUUGUUUUCUGUUGUUUUACAAGUUGUUUUAGUUUGGCUGAGCAACGGUUUUAUCUAAAUCAAUAUGCUCAGAAAAUAGUUGAUAAUCAGAGUUAGAAAAGAAAAUAUAGUGACUUUCAUAAAAGGUAUGUACCUAUUGCUGAUGCACUCAAAACAAAGCGCUUCUCCAUUCUUGGGCCGACAUUACGCCACAGUGGUAGGUGCCAUUAAAAAGAGUUGAUAUACUAACAAAAAAAGGGAAGAUUUGAGACUAUAAGUCAGAAGUGGUUUGUUAUGAAAAACGGAAGUUCAGAUGAAAUAAAAUCAAUAUUUUUAACUUAAGAUACAUUACAGAAAUCAAUGACACAGUCUACUGUAAUGGAGACUGAUAAAGAGAGAAAUAAAUUUCAGAUUGAAAUGUA